GAAAUCUAAGACCCCGGCAAUAUACUACGUCCCUCGUAGUUAGAAUUAGAAUAAAUGCUCAUCCGCGGUGACGCUAACGCCUUCUCUGGUUUUGCUCCAAAUUAUCAUGUAAAUUCUUAUUACUAUACUAACCCUUCGUCCUCUUCUAUAUAGCAGUGUGAUCAGUCAUAAGUUUAUGGAAGAUUAUUAAUUAACUAACAUGGAAGAAUCAUUGUAUUUGCUAAAUUAGGAUCAUGGUCUAUAUUCACAUUUAACUAACCGGUGGAUUAUUCCCUCCCACUCCGAAUAUAUUAUUUUUUUCAGUUGCUGAAGAUUCUGGACGAGGGAGUGCAGACAGAGGGAAAACGGCCCAGAGAUGCAGUUUUUUCUACAGCUACCAGUUUUGAUUUUGGUGCUUGAUGGAAAGUUAAACUACCAAAAUUUGACACGCAGUUCCUGACUUCCCAAUCUUCAUAUCCAACGGCUGGAUUUUCGUUGCAAGCUUCAUAAGUAGUGGACAUAGAUGUUGGAGCUACUAUCGGUGAUAGUUCUGCUUAUACAGAAAGGAAAUCAUCUUCUUGUGAAGAAGACAAUACAUUUCAAGUGCCAUAUGUGGGAAUGGUGUUUGAUUCUGAAUAUGCUGCCAGGGAAUUUUAUGGCAAGUAUGCUAGGCGUUCUGGAUUUCGAAUGCGUAUUGAUCAGUCUGGGCGCUCGUCAGUGGACAUGAGAAUUCUUUCGAGGAGGUUUUCUUGUAAUAAGCAGGGUUAUUGUCAGACAAAGAAAUAUCAGGUUUGUUCAGGAAAGAGGUUAAGGAGCAGUACACGAGAAGGUUGCAAAGCAAUGAUGCGGGUAAAUGUUAAUAAGGCUGGAAAAUGGGUUGUUACCAGAUCAGUGAAUGAGCAUACUCAUCCUUUGGAUGUCCCUAGUCUUUCUUCUCUUAAUGGAAUGGACAAAAAAGAUCAAAGGAUAGAGGAACUGAUGACUAUGGAGUUGGACCAUCAGGAUAAGCUUUGCGAGUUGUACAGAGGCCAGCUAACUACAUUGUUGAAGUAUAUUGGGGAGCAGAUUGAGCAUUUAACUGGAAAAGGUGACGCAGUUGCUGACAAUGUAAAGAGAGUUGAAAGUGAUAAGCUUGAGCUACCUACUCAAUAAUCCAAAGUGUGUAUAUAUAACAAAUACGGAGUAACAAAUAAGAAUUUGGUUCAAAUGGGAAUAUGAUCUCAGGAGAGACAAAUAAGAAUUUGCUUCACAUGAGAAUAUGAUUGAGAAAUGAAAAAUGCAGUGACAUUUUUGUAAAUAAAGUGAACUUUGUAUGUUAUUGGGUAAAAUGCGAUUAACUUAAUUAGAAAUAUGCACCGUUUUGCAUGAU